AUGGACUUAGUGACCUAUGAUGAUGUGCAUGUGAACUUCACUCGGGAAGAGUGGGCUUUGCUGGAUCCUUCUCAGAAGAGUCUCUACAAAGAUGUGAUGCUGGAGACCUAUAGGAAUCUCGCUGCUGUAGGCUAUGUUUGGGAAGACCAUAAUAUGGAAGAACAUUUUCAAAUUUCUAGACGAUAUGGAAGACGUAAAAGAACACAUACUGGUGAGAAACCCUAUGAGUGUAACCAGUGUGGUAAAGACUUUUCACGUCGCAAUUCUCUUCAAAUGCAUAAACGAGUUCAUACAGGAGAGAAACCUUAUGAAUGUAAUCAAUGUGGUAAAACCUUUGUAUGUCACAGUUAUCUUCAAAACCAUAAAAGAACACAUACUGGAGAAAGACCUUAUAAAUGCAACGAAUGUGGUAAAGCCUUUAAAAGAACUAGUCAUCUUUGUACACAUAAAAGAACACAUACGGGAGAGAAACCCUAUGAAUGCAAUCAGUGUGGCUAA